AUGGUCAAUACUCGCAUUUAUAUCUUCCCCACAUCAUCUGUAAGUCAUAAUCUCGCUUCUCUCUUGAUUUUUGCUGACAUCUACACGAAGACUGCUGAACUUCAUUUGUGGUGUAGGCUAUAUUCUUCAUCAUGGAGUAAACCUUGCCAGGUCACUAUGUUGACACAAUGCUCUGAUCACUCACGCAGUGGGAAGCGCUUUCCUGUUCCCAAGAGCCUUCUGGAUUGUGCAACUGUGCAGCCUUACGUGCAUAACUGUUUUGUCACCUUGCAUGAAGGAAGACACAUAUAUCAGUUUUGUGGUUUUUUCAAGUGGCACUGCCGUCUGAGAGCCAACCCACUUCUCAGCAGCAUCGACCAUAUAUUCCGAGGUGAUGCAGUUGUUAUGAGGAUUGGGGCUGGCGCCAGCUCUGUUGUGAACAUGCGAGGCAGGGAUAAUUCGCUCGCAGAUUUCAUCAUGCAUUGGUAA